CGUUGCUGUCCGACGACAAUGUUCAGAGCGCUGAGUCGCUACUGCUGUGUGACCUCAACUUUUCAUUUCGAAGGCUUCUUCCGUCCACACGAACCUCGUCGCUCCGACUGUCGUGGCGUGCGAAUGGGCCGACUAGAUCACAAGUGUAUUCGUCCAGCAUGACGGAAUUCAUUUGAAUACGGCACCAAGGUUACGGUAUCAAAGCACCAAAGCGGGCAUCGAGUCUUGAUACGCACUUCUCGAUUCGCCUCCAGGUGACGACACGAAACCAACAACCAAAGCAUGAACCGCACAACAUGUAUGACGAGUAAGCAACCCUCGCCUACGAUCCGUACGGGUAACAAGACCAAUCUGCGCUGUACUGAGCGAGAGAUAGCGUCUCGCCCAAGCUUCGCAACUCGAGUGAUCCGAGUGAUCUUCAAGAGAAAACAACGUUAUGCUGACCAGCAAGCCAAAUCUUGGCCAGGAUGUGCGCAACCAGUUCCAGUGCCGGUAUCGACGGUCGUCGGAAGCCACCCCAGCACCGCCAUUGCAAUCCCGAUCGCCCUCGCUUCUUCAGCUCCGUCUAAUUUAUCGACAGCGUCAAGACAUCAGCAUGUACGCAAGCACACUGCGGACGACAGCGGCAGUGAAGCUUCAUGGCGGAAGCGACAGACCCGCUGCAUGAACUGCGAGCGGUUAUUCUUUAAGUCAAUGUCGAUGCUGAGCAACACUGAGGGCCGAUUCUGCUCGCUGGACUGCAAGGCCAACUUCGAGUAUUUAACUCAGCUUCAACAGACGAUGAACGUGGAGAUGGCGGAUAGUGCAGCUAGCAGUGGGCUAUUCGAUGAGAUUGAAGUCAAAGACGACACGAGACGGUCUUAAGCAGUCCAGCAAGCUGUCUUUUCGAUAUAAUCCAGCUAGAUCACUCGACGUUUUAACGGGCUCUGAUUGGCUAGUUGGUCGUUACGAUCACGUGGAAAUCGCGUGAUCAGUGCUACAGUGUACAAUGCUGAUGGAGCUGCCUUAUCAAGGCUGUGAUAGCCUUGACUGUUGUUUUGCUUGGCGUGUAUUGAUUUAUUAGCAGCGUGCAUCCUAUUUUGAGUAAAUGGCCCAGCAUCGGUUGAAGAGUGCUCACUCGUAAAAACUUAGUGUAGAAUAGAUAAUGGUGCAGCACUUGCCUAGGAAAUUGUUGCUUUGGCCACGCACUACUGCUUGUUCAUUUUCAUAAAGACGAAGCAUUGUCGCUGAGAGCUCCUUACCAAUGGGUUCUUGACGGUGAACUGAUUCAACUAGC